UGAAACGCGCCACGGGUCUCCUGAUAUCAUAUCCAUAUAUAGUAAUUAGCGUGUGCAAUUAAACACCGGCCCCUCAUGUCUUCUGGUUUCUUUAUAAAUUUCUGUGGCCGUCUCCCCAACUCAUCGCCACUUCCCUCUCUCUCUCUCUCUCUCUCUCUCUCUCUCUCUCUCUCUCUCUGAAACAAAGCAAAUAUGACCACACCACCCAAAGGAGCCAUUGCAUCAGCACAUCCAAGCCCUGAAUGUUGCAUGUGUGGAGAUUGUGGCCUUUCUUAUGAGCUUUUUCAGUGCAAGAUUUGUCAAUUCAGAUCUCAGCACAGAUACUGCAGUAAUCUUUAUCCCAAAGCUGAGUCCUACCAAGUCUGUAACUGGUGUCUCAGCCAUGAAACCAAAGAAAAAUCACAGACUUCUUCCAAUUCAUCAUCAUCAAACAAAAAUACCAGCGAGGAUGACAGCAUCAAGAACACCCAGGACAAGAACAAAGCAGGUUUAAAGAGCCAAAGAGGUAGUCUUCAGCUGCAAAUAAAUAGCCCCAUCAAGAAACAGAGGUCGCCAGAGAGAUCACCGGUGACCAGAAGGAGACUCAUCUCAAAUGCUAAAUUAGAAGAAAAGCUUAUUAGAAGGACAAAAUCAGAAGAGAUAUCAAACAACAUUGGGAUCACAAAGCAAGUUUUUAGAAAUAAGGUGAGAAGGUAUAAACUUCUGGAUGAGGUUUCAAGCUGAUAUUGUUUUUCAUAUUCAUCUCAUAAGAUGAGUUGAUCUUGUGGUGGAAAUUUUUGGUCCCAAAAUUCCAUGGAAAUAUGAGUUGCUUUCAAGUGUUGAAUGAUACCCAGUUGAGAUAGACUGGAAAUUAAUGGAUUGGAGACUCGAUCUUCAACUUUUUCAUCUUUUAAUUCCGUGUUCUAAGCAAUCUCCAAGUGUCAAAGCAACACACUGAUCAAAAGUUGAUGAUUUACAUCCACCAAUCAGCAUCAUCAUCAGCACCAUAAUGCCAAUGCAUAUAUAUGGAACGUGCUGUAGCUAAUCAGCUCGCGUUCUGUCACGUCGAGUGUAGUAUACAUGAUAAAAUUUUGAUGGAUUCGGUUGAAGUAUUCCGUUUUGAUAUUUUCAUAAUUUGAAAUAAUUAUUUUCUGUUUUCA